AUGUUCACGGCGACCAUGUCCCCAGCCAUUGAACGUUUGGCAAGAGCCUAUUUACGGCGUCCUGCAGUAGUGCACAUCGGAUCCGCAGGACGUCCCACAGAACGAGUGGAACAGGUGCUUGACCUUCUAGCGAAGGGUCUCAGCAAAUUGAAUUUCAAUCCUGUCGUCCUUCAUGGUGGCAAAGGCCAGGAAACGAGAGAGUAUGCGUUGCAGGCUCUCAAGGAUAAAACAAAAGAUAUCCUUGUUGCAACUGACGUCGCAGGAAGAGGUAUCGAUAUCAAGGACGUCUCCUUGGUCUUGAACUAUGACAUGGCAAAGUCUAUCGAAGGAUUACACCCAUCGUAUAGGAAGGAC